AGUCCAAACAGUUUCGUGGUCCAAUAAGCCACUCGCCCCAAGCCCAAAAUCCCUCCGUCUCUCGCUCUACGCCUUCACGGGCCUCUGCAACACAAACCCUAGAUCCAACCCCGGCGGAGAUCGCCGGAACUCGGCCUCCGAGCUUCGCCGCCUCUUACCUGAGCGGACAUCGCUUCCGAGUCUCCUCCCUCUCCCCCGCAGGUAAAAUCCCAAUCCCUAACCGUGAUUUUCUUCUCGCGCUUCCCUUUUCUACGUGUUUGCUGUAUGCUGAAUCCAUUGUUGUACUGUCCUAGUUUCUUCGCGCUUUAUACUGUUCGUAUUCGUUGAAUUUUCGCUCGGAUUUUUUCCCGCGGAAUUUCUCUGGCUUGAGAACUGAAUGAUUUUUCCGCCAUGCGUUCCCGGGGAGCCCUUGUUGGCUUCUGCUCUGGUUUUCCGACCUGUCAGAUUGGUUUCGGGGUUGCGAUUUUUAGGGGCUUCUUUUGUCCUCCGUCUCCCGGCGGUUUUGCUUCACCGGCGACUAAUCUUUUUAGUAGACUCUACUGUCAAGUUUUAUCGCAAAAAAGUCUGAUUGCUUUCUGUUAGUAAUUGUUCUCCUCUCCACUCUUAGACAGGCCGAAGUAGUAGAGCACAAUAUCCCUUCCAUUGAUCUUGCUCGAUCUGGUUGUUCAUUAUGUGCUGAAAUUUCUCAUUGGUUUUCUUGGUGUUGCUUGAUUGAUUGGCCAGUGAAAUCAGUUUCUUCUGCAGAGAAGAAGAUGGAAGCCAACGGUCUCGUGAAUCGCCUGUCUCAUCUCUGCAUCAACGAUCCACUCAUCCUCAACGGCCAGCUCCUGCUCUUGCUCGAGCAACGCAUCUCCCACCCUUUCACCUCCAUGGCGAACGACGUCCUGUCAGCAGGAAGCGCCACCAUCGACAAGAUCCGCGACAACAUAACGUACGUCAAGGCCUCAGGGAUCCACGGGGAGGCACCACAUUUGUUCCUCGACGACGACUGCCAGUGGAACACGACGUAUCAGAUGCUGGCAUCUGCUUUGGAUCAGAAGGAAGUCUUCUCCCACUUGCACACUGUGAUUCCAGGGUACAGAGAUGCUCCAACCGUGGAAGAUUGGAGGCAGGUUGAAAUCAUCUGCACGCUAUUGAGGUCUCUCUCCUAUGCAAUGGGGAAUUUGGUCGCCUCAGCCCCUUGCCCUCCCACCACCAGCACAAUGUUCCACGAGGCAAUGAUGGUCCACUUGCAUAUUGUCAGAUGUGCAGCAGCAACAAAUGGUGUUCGUUUCAUCGAACCGAUGCAGGAGAAGAUGGACAAGUACUGGAAGGAGUGUGGGUUGGUUCUCGCGAUUGCUGGAGUCAUGGACCCUCGCUUCAAAAUGCAGUUUGUGAAAUUCAGCUUCCCCAAAAUCUUCGGCGGCGACGAGUCUUCUCACUACGUGAAGAUGGUCGAUGACGGGCUCCAUGAGCUCUUCGCCGAGUACCUGGCGCUCUCUCCACCUCCAUACCCAGAUUACUGUGGCGGUCGUGGAGUGGGCGAGCACAAUGAGGGAGGGAGUAUUUCGGGGCACGGGCUGGCAGAUUUCGACGUGUACAUCAUGGAGGCGGCAAGCAAGCCGUUCAAGACGGAGAUGGACAAGUAUCUGGACGAGAACCUCGAGGAUCGGAGCUCGAGUUUUGACGUGCUGGAAUGGUGGAAACAGGACAGUGUGAGGCUGAGGUACCCGACGCUGUCGAAGAUGGCGAGUGAUAUCUUGAGCAUUCCUGUGUCUACUACUUGAUGUUUUGUGGUGUUAUUUCUCUUACACCAUUUAACUUAGUGUCUUUUUUUUUUAUUACUUUAUUUUUAUUUUAUCUAUUAAAGAACAAGUAAGAUGGACACUAUUGCAUCGUGUCCCAUCACAAAUGUGGCCUUUUGCAAUCGACGAAAUUUUGGAAGCCAUGUUAGUUGGUGUUGUUUUCAGGUCGUGGAAACUUUAUGGGUUGUUUAUAGUAAUUAAUUUUAUCUAUUAAAGAACAAGUAAGAUGGACACUUUGCAUCGUGUCCCAUCACAAAGGUGGCCUUUUGCAAUCGACGAAAUUUUGGAAGCCAUGUUAGUUGGUGUUGUUUUCAAGUCGUGGAAACUUUAUGAGUUGUUUUAGUAAUUGAUCAAAGCUUCUAGGAGUUUGGUUAACUUAUGACAAUUGAGAUUAAAAAGAUUCUUAUUAAUUAGAUUAUGAUAAUUGAAAUCAAUGGGUUGGAUUAAUUAAUUAUUUGAUGGGAUCAACUUGCAGCAUUAUUUAGGGCCCACUUCAUGUUCACGAUUCCAAAGAGAGUUGACCCUGUUAAGUGUUAAUGCCACCUAAUUAGUGUCAGCUGUAAUUGUACAGCAUCACAUGAAUGAAAGAAUGAAAAUCCG